AUGAAUGGCUAUUCUGGAAAUAUGGCUCCGCCGGGAGGGAUGUUCGUUCGGGCUCUGUAUGACUACGAGGCUGAUGAUCGAACGAGUCUGAGCUUUCGUCAAGGCGAUAUUAUACAGGUUAUUACACAGUUAGAAAGUGGUUGGUGGGACGGUGUGAUCAACGGCACGAGGGGCUGGUUUCCGAGCAAUUAUUGCGCCGUCGUGCCGAGACCAAAUGAAAGCGAUCUGAACGAAAGAUAUGCGGAUCUAGACGAUGAUCCUAGCGCAAUAGGAGAGGGAGAUUAUCCCACCGAUACGGAUUCAGAGGCUGAUAACGAUAUUACCCAUCUCCCAAUAGAAGGUCGCCCAUCUGGUAGAGAUCAAGAGGAGGCAGCUUUUUGGAUUCCACAGGCAACACCAGAUGGCAGAUUGUUCUAUUUCAAUACGCUCACAGGGGAGAGUACGAUGGAACUACCAUUGGAAAAUCCUUCUUCUCUGAACGAAAACGGGCCCCGAGAUCGCACGAAUAUAUAUGUACCAGAGCAAACUCGACCCCCACCAGAGUUGAUGGCUGGUGGUCUCAACAUUGAUGAUACUGAUGACGAGAACUCAAAUUCUGAUAUUGAAGGACAUUCUGCGAUGGGCGGCUCAUACAGCUCUCUGCCCCAUCGUCGCAGGUCGUUCCAGUCAGAUGGUAUAUCGCCUGCUCCAUCAAUGGACUCGUUGCACGCAGCUGCGCGGAGCCGGGACAUGAUUGACGGUAGCUUCUCUGCGAUACAUGGUACUUUACCUCCCAAUGGAACGGCAAUGACAUCCUUCUCCCAUGGACCGUUUGGCUCACAAGCGACUAACAACGCGUCUCGACAAUUCUUUGAAGAAGCCGCUGCGGUUCCUCUGACAUGGAACAAGAUGAUGGACGAAAUGAAGAAAGCCAUUAGUCGAUACAGAGAAGCCAUAAACAAUUCUGACAGGUCGGAGUUCGUAAAGCGUGCAGAAGACAUUUCUGACCAUCUGCGGCUCCUGCUGGCCGCCGGCUCCGGUACAACAGACAACCAUUCGGGCAAUCUUUCCAUCAUAUCCACCAACAAAGCUUUGUAUCCACACUUCCGGGAAACCAUGUCACGCUUCUCAAAACUUGUUCUGUCUUCCCAUAUUGCUGCCGCAGACUGGCCGCCACCUGAUUCGUUCACGAAAUGCCUGAAGGAGGCCGAAGGUGUGUUGAAUGGGGUCUAUGCCUUCGUCGAAGUGGCAAGACAGCAGCGCGGAGAAAAUUUACCCCGCAUCGUUCCUGGUUUCGUUCUCGGAACCCAUUCGGGUGGCAAUUGGCGAACAAAUGGUAUUGGCGAUCGUGACCCAACGUCUUCUUCAUUCAUGGACCAAGACUCUGAAUUUGAUUCGUUCAAUGACAGUUCGAAUCGACUAGACACGAGAUUGUUGCAGCAGCUUGGAAGCGUCAGAAGUAUGAUCUCUCAAAGCAUUCGACGACUAGCAGAUCAAUUAGUGGUGCGAUCGAAGACAAUCAAACCACUUGAGCAUGAAGUGCUGGGUAACAAUAUUUGCAGCGCCGCAGGGAAAGUAUUGGAUGUCUACCGGCCCUGGAUCUCUACUAUAGAGUCAAUCAACCUUUCGCCCAUCGCAUCCAGCGCUUUCAGCCAACAGUUGUCCGAAUUCGGUAAUCAAAAGCAGCGUAUUUAUGACUUGGUGUCGGAACUCGUCAUUGUUUGUCAAGCAGUUGCAGCUCCUUUGGCAGACGAAUGGUCAGAGGUGCGUAAUGACACCAUCGAGGAUCGAGUGGAUACUGUUCGGAAUGUGACUCGAGAGCUGGACUCAACCACAGCAUCGUUCUUUGCUUUGCUGCUGCAGCUAGUGUCAACAGUGCCAGAAGAAGACAACCUCCAUAGACCGGACCCCAGGCGCAACACCGAUAGUGAACUACCCGUGCGAGACAGGUCCGAUUCCUUCCCUAAACGCCCAACGCUACCUCACUCAGCCAAAUCCCAUGCGGGUGUACCAGGCGCAGAACCCGCUCCCAUGAAGAAUCCAGGCUCAAAUCCGGCUAAAGUUAUGAAGUUCUUCGGCGAAGUUCCCGCUCCUGUCAUGACUACUCCUGUUCAGGAUGAGGUGCCGGCAUUCCUACGACUUGAUCACGAAGGCGAGAUAUCGUACGACACCAAAGUAACACCACCACAGCUACGAGGUGGCACUUUGACAGCCCUAGUUGAACAGCUGACACGCCAUGACCGACUCGAUUCGCCAUUCAACAACACAUUCCUACUUACUUAUCAAUCGUUUACGACCGCUUCUGAGCUCUUUGAAAUGCUUGUCAAACGAUGGAGCAUACAGCCGCCUGAAGGUCUGGCGCAGGAAGACUACCAGACAUGGGUAGAUAAGAAGCAAAAACCUAUUCGAUUUCGAGUCGUCAACAUCCUCAAGUCCUGGUUCGAUACAUAUUGGAUGGAGGGAUAUGACGAUGACGCUCGAGUACUGAUUCAGCGCGUGUACAAUUUUGCAAAGGAUCAUGUCGCGAAGACCAGUACCCCUGGUGCUGGUCCACUCAUCGCAGCCGUUGAGCAGCGCCUGCGAGGUCAAGACGCUCCUUCGAAGAGAAUGGUCCUUACUAUGAGUACACAGACACCACCACCAAUUUUGCCAAAGCACAUGCGGAAACUAAAGUUCUUGGACAUUGACCCCUUGGAAUUUGCACGCCAGCUUACGAUCAUUGAGUCAAGACUCUACGGAAAGGUCAAACCAGCAGAAUGUUUGAACAAGAUUUGGCACACAAAGAAGACAGACGAUGGCGAACCAAAGACCGCGGUCAAUGUGCACGCGCUCAUUCUACACUCGAAUAGGCUGACUAAUUGGGUUGCCCAAAUGAUCUUGACACAGCAGGAUGUGAAGAAACGAGUAGUUGUCAUCAAACACUUUGUUAACGUAGCAGAGAAAUGUCGUACCUUGAACAACUUCUCGACAGUCACCUCGAUCCUUUGCGCCCUUUCCACCGCACCUGUUCAUCGCCUUACGCGGACAUGGAAUGCCGUGAAUGCAAGAACGAUGACCACCCUAGAGGGUAUCAAGCGCCUGAUAAGCAGCACCAAGAACUUUGCCGAAUAUCGCGAGACUUUACACAAAGCCAACCCGCCUUGCAUUCCGUUCUUCGGUGUAUAUCUCACCGAUCUCACGUUUAUUGAAGACGGUAUACCUUCUCUCAUCAAGAAAACAAACCUAAUCAACUUUGCGAAACGAGCCAAAACUGCCGAGGUUAUUCGAGAUAUUCAGCAAUAUCAAAACGUUCAAUAUUCAUUAGCUCCGGUACCCGAGUUACAGGAGUACAUUCUUUCGAACAUGCAAUCGGCAGGCGACGUACAUGAGAUGUACGAGAUGAGUCUACAAGUAGAGCCAAGGGAACGGGAAGACGAGAAAAUCGCAAGGUACGUGCUAGGUUCACGUAUAUCCGGCAUGAUUGGUCCAACAUGA